UAUCGCCCAUCUCAAAUGUGCAGAAUUUGUGGGCGUCAAAAAUGCAUGUCAAUGGAAAUGGAAACGAUGCAUCGCGCACUGUGGAAUUCGUCUACAAAUACAAAGAUUAUGAGCAAAAGGAUUGUGUGGCGAGAUUGGACAUAAAGUUUCCGUUCGACGAUGAAGAUCUUGAGGAGCUGGUCACCCAACUGCUUUCCCAAAUGGAUCCCAUGAUGCGGCUACUGGAUGAGAAUAUAAAUUUGGAAAAAGAGCUGCAGUCUUUUGUGGACCGGGAACACCAGCUGUUCUUGGAUGACCAUGCAGAAAAGCUGCUAAAUCAACUGGCCAACGAGGAAAUUGACUUGGAGGCCAUAGUAAGGGAUACAGAACGAUGGUAUAAAGAUGAAUUGCUGCAAUUUGCCGAUCGAGUCGGCCCUAGCGACGAGGACAUCUUUGCACAGAGCUUUCAUCGCCUGGUGCACUCCUCCUCGCUGGAGGAGAUCCUAAAACGAGAGCGAGCCUAUGCCAAGGUAAUUGGCGACAUGACCGAACACAUGGACAGCGAAGUAGAGACUCUGAAUAAUUCGCAGCAGCAGGAGAUGGACAGUCAAAUCAAUCAGCUGGAUAUAACCACCACAUCCGAAGAUAUAAACAAUCUCUUGGCCCAGCAAUACACAACUCAGAACUUUGUACGCAAGCGCUACGAAUCCGAACUCGAGGCCAUGAUGGGUCAUCAGAAGAAUGAGUAUCGCGACUGGAUCACCAGUCAAGUGGGACAAAUAUAUCAGGUUUCACCAGUGUCCACGCCACUGGGCAAUCGAUCGUCAAUGUUUGUGUCUCAGCAGCCUUCGAUGGAGGAGAGUUUCACAAUACAUUUGGGAUCGCAGCUCAAGCAUAUGCACAAUAUACGCAUCCUAAGUGCCAAUGUGACGGAACUGUGCAGUCCACUGCAUGCUGAGGAGAGCCUUAAUGGCCUGAACAUGGCCUUGGGCCUGUAUUCCAGUUCUCUCUGCGGCGUCGUGGUCCUAACCCCAUCCAUCCAAGCUCAGGCGAAUAAGAACAUCAUCAAAAAUGCCAACAAAUCGACAGAAUUUCACUUUGAGCAAAUGGAUGCGCAGCUGGAGAAGAUUGAGAAACAGAUUCGAGCUCUCGAUACCAAUACCGAUACGACAAGUAGUGGCAGCGGAAGCGGCAGCAGUAUGGAAGGCAGUGUAGAGGGAAGUGCGGAAGGUGGUAGUGCCCAAUCUUCGCCAAUUAAAAGGCAUGUGCCAAGGCUAAAGACUGGUGAUUUCUUUGUGACCAAACACUCAAAUCUCUCGCAAUCACAUGUCAUCUUUCAUUUGAUCUCGGACGAGCCCAUCAAUAGUCCCAGUGAGAUAAAUUCCCGCCAUCCAGUUAUACUUGGUCUGCGAAACAUUCUAAAGACAGCCAGUCGUCAUGACAUAACCACACUGACCAUUCCUGCCCUGCUGCGGCAUGAGAUGAGCGAGGACAUGACCGUCCAGUGGUGCAUACGACGUGCCGAAUUGGUUUUCAAAUGCGCCAAAGGAUUCAUGAUCGAAUCAGCCUCCUGGGGUGGAGCAGAACUCAGUACUCUUCAAUUGCUUCUGCCCGAUGAUAUAUCCGAGAGCCUCUUCACCACAUUGGCGGGGAUGGUGCCAAAUGUUUUCCGUGUGGCGAAUCCCAAAAUACUUGUCGAUAAUAACAACAAGUUGUAAUCUGCGGCUAUAUAGACUACCUACCCAUAUCUAUAUUUAUUUACAUACAUAUAUAUUCUCCCAACCGACUCAAAUAUAUUCCAUUUUCUUUUUUAUUAUGAA